AAAACAGGACAGUUCGGAGCUAUAGCAAUUUGGCCUAAUGAUUCUCCUUCCGUUCCACACCAGAAGACUGGUGAGCCAUGUUUACUGUGGACUAAAACCAGCCUCCCAAAAUAAGGGCAUAGCACUGGAAAUGACACGCCCAAGUUCUAAUCUGGCUAAUUUCAGAGAAGCCUUUGCAAAAGCGAAGCACAUCGCAGUGAUUACUGGCGCUGGAGUCAGUGCAGAGAGUGGAGUGCCAACAAUCAUAGGAGCUGGAGGAUAUUGGAGAAAAUGGCAAGCACAGCACUUGGCAACACCUGAGGCUUUUUCCAGGAAUCCUUCCCGUGUAUGGGAGUUUUAUCAUUACAGGAGGGAAGUGAUGUUGACAAAGAAUCCAAAUCCAGCACAUUUAGCCAUUGCAGAAUGUGAAACCAGGCUCAGGAAACAAGGGAGAAAGGUUGUGGUCAUCACACAGAACAUUGAUGAGUUACACCACAAAGCAGGAUCCAGAAACCUAUUUGAAAUUCAUGGUAGCUUAUUUAAGACACGUUGUACUAGCUGUGGAAGUGUUAAAGAAAACUACAAAAGCCCCAUUUGUUCCGCUCUUGCUGGAAAGGGUGCUCCUGAGUCUGAUGUACAGGAUGCCAAAAUCCCGGUAGAGAAGCUCCCACGGUGUGAAGAAAAUGGCUGCAAUGGUCUUCUGCGUCCUAAUGUUGUUUGGUUUGGAGAAACAUUGGAUUCAAAUCUCCUUGGAGAAGUGGAAAAAGAACUUGAAAUGUGUGACCUCUGUGUGGUGGUUGGAACUUCAUCAGUUGUGUAUCCUGCUGCAAUGUUUGCACCUCAAGUGGCUGCCAGAGGAGUGCCUGUAGCAGAGUUUAACAUGGAAAAUACUUCAGCUACCACAACCUUUAAGUUUCAUUUUCAGGGGCCCUGUGGAACAACUCUGCCACCCGCACUAGCACGUCACGAGACAGAACUGAUUUCUUGACUUUAACACCAUAUCAAAGGAGCAGAUGUUCCUAAGAUGUUACUGUAUAUUUGGUGUAUGAACAAAAGUCUUUACUAUAGGAAGACGGGGAGAAUGGAGCAGCGAUCAUGCAAGCAAUCCCUUCCAAGUGCUGAAGGCAAAGGCUAAUAUUUGUCCUAAUAAUCCUUGUGGUUGCUGAGAAUAGUCUCCACUUGCACAAUGGAAGAUAAUUUGCACCAUAGAUGUAUCAAAUGAUUGUGUGUUUAAAUAUGGAAUCAGCCUAAUGGUAAACCAGUAUGCUUGCUGGUUGUUAUUCUGCUUUAUUAUAUCUGUUACAUAAAAAUGUUUUCUAUAUAUUUGCAUGUUAUUAUUCUGUUUGACCAAAAAAAACAAUCAAUAUAAAAAGGCCAAGGGACAUUUUAAUGCUAAGAACAAGAUACAAUAGGAAUGGUCAAACUUAGGGUUCAUAUAUGAUUGCAAAACAGUAUCCAAUUACUUAAAGGAAAUCUGGGUAAUCUUCUUCAUGCCAAUCAGAAACUUCUCCAGUACAUAAAACGCUUUGUCCUGAAUUGCAAAUGAUUGCUCAAUGCAAUUUUUUUUAUGAAAUAAACCUGGAAACAUUGGGUCUGUGAUGUGUGCAGGAGAUGUGUUGUUAUACUAAUGUCACAGGCAGUAUGGACUUAAAGGCCGAAGCACAUCAUGUAAUCUGAAUUGAAUGCUGGAGGAAGAACAUAGCAAAUCGCUCUCAUUCACUGUAGAAAGAUCACUUCCCAAUUUAUCUCUAUGAUGUUCCAUUUUAAUGCACGAUCAAGUAACUCUGAGCAAAAAUCACAUACAAUCGAAUGACUUUACAGUCAGCUCUACUAAAAAGUGUUUGCAAUUUUUACUCUGUCAAAUGUGAGUAUACAUGUAUUAGCAUAACAUUGCAAAUAUUUCCAAGUCACAGGAAAACUGUCAAUACAAUAAAAAAUACCUGGUGUCUAAAAA